UAUUCCCCACAGAAUUCGGGAAUUCCCGUUCAGGACGUGCAGUCGAGAGCUCUGCGCUUCUCAUCCUCCUCUCAAUACUCUCCACAAGAUUUCUGUUCCCCCUCGUCCCCUUCUGCUCGCGUGCGCCGUGCGCGUGAGGUGAGGUCAGAGAAGACUGCAAUGGCGGCGGCGGCGGUGCUGUCGAACGGCUCCGGUGGCGACACCAAGGCCGAGUUCGCGGAGAUAUACAACAAGCUCAAGGAGGAGAUGCUCGAGGACCCCGCCUUCGAGUUCACCGACGAGUCGCUCCAUUGGAUCGACCGCAUGCUGGAUUACAAUGUGCUGGGAGGAAAGUGCAACCGUGGGCUAUCUGUCAUCGAUAGCUACAAGAUAUUGAAGGGUGUAGAUGUGUUGAGCAAGGAGGAGAUAUUUCUUGCAUGUGCCCUUGGUUGGUGCAUUGAAUGGCUUCAAGCUUAUUUUCUCGUGCUUGACGAUAUCAUGGACAACUCUCAGACACGACGUGGCCAGCCUUGCUGGUUUAGGGUGCCUCAGGUUGGCCUCAUUGCUGUAAACGAUGGGAUUAUCCUUCGCAACCAUAUUUCAAGGAUCCUUCAACGCCACUUCAAAGGAAAACCUUAUUAUGUUGAUCUCAUUGAUUUGUUCAAUGAGGUUGAGUUCAAGACGGCUUCAGGGCAGUUGUUAGAUCUUAUCACUACUCACGAGGGAGAAAAGGACCUCACGAAAUAUAACUUGACCGUUCACCGACGCAUUGUGCAAUACAAGACAGCAUACUAUUCGUUUUAUCUUCCGGUUGCAUGUGCAUUGCUGCUGUCGGGUGAGAAUUUGGACAACUUUGGUGAUGUCAAGAACAUUCUUCUUGAAAUGGGAACAUACUUCCAAGUCCAGGACGACUAUCUAGAUUGUUUUGGUGAUCCUGAAUUCAUCGGCAAGAUCGGAACUGACAUUGAAGACUACAAGUGCUCCUGGUUAGUUGUGCAAGCUCUUGAGCAUGCUGACGAGAGCCAAAAGUGCAUUCUAGUUGAAAAUUAUGGAAAGUCAGAUCCCGAUUCUGUUGCCAAAGUGAAGGAUUUGUAUAAAGAACUUAAUCUGGAGGAGGUAUUUCACAAGUAUGAGCGGGAAAGCUACAAUAAGCUGAUUGCCGACAUCCAGGCCCAGCCGAGCAAAGCGGUCCAGAAAGUUUUGAGGUCCUUCUUGGACAAGAUCUACAAGAGGGUGAAGUAGGGCUAGCUCACAGAGAAGCUGUUCCAUGGUCGCUUGCUUUGGUAACUAGAGUUGAUGUGGACGAGUAACAUGUUCCAUGUUUUUCUAUGUGUGAUGGUCGUGUCUUACCGUGCUGUACAGCGUGCUGUUCCCAACAACAAUAAAGUACAGUGCUAAUUUGCUCUUUAGGGUUGUGUGAACCUGUUGUGUUAUUGCCAUGACAAUAUGUCAUGUUUGCUGAUGUUUCCCAAUCUCCUAUCUGUAUUGCCGAUUACAUAAAAUAAAAAACUGUAUCACCAGUUCUUUUUCCUGCA